UAUCAGCUCGCGAACUUCUCGUCUCUCUCGACCUGCUCGCCAACUGGUACCGCCGACACGCAAUGCGGCCGCGCCGCUCCUCGGCGGCGCGGCGGCUCGGCCGUUCCGCCAUCCCGACGACUUCCGGCGACGCCGCUAGCCUUCAGCCCCUAGCGUUGCAUUCCAUCCAUGCAUCCAGGCGUGCAGGCCUUCGCCGGUCGCCGCCGCCGCCCUCGCCGUCGCUCGCUCUGCUGUCCUUCUCCACGCCUCCACACCUCCGGUGGGCCUCCGCCGGGCGCCGGCCCAGCGACGAGGGGUGACCGGCCCUCCCAUCUCCCGUCAUCGGCCUUCCUACUGUCCCAUGGCCAUGGCGCGGACCGAGGGGGCAUGGAGAUGGAGGAUCUAAGAGGAAGUUCUUAGGUCCUUCAACGGAUGAGAAAUCCUCACGGCGUGGUACCAAAUUGUCAAAUGUGCAAGCUAUGAAAAUUGGAGGAGCCAACUCACCUUGGUGUUAUUAACAUGAGUACUAAGCUGUUCGGUAAUCAGCACGUAAGAGGCAGCGGUUGGGAUGUCAGUCAGCGACUCAGCGUGGAAUGCUCCUUUUAUUGAGAUGCUUGUUCUUUACCUAGAUGCAAGGCUUGGAAUCACAAGGAGGCGCAAAUAGGGAAAUGCAUCUCCUCCUUGUGUGGACAUUUCAGUGGCGACCUCGUGGAGAAGAUCAAAAUAGAGAAGAGCGAAGAUGCCCUCUUCCCUCACGGAAGGUACAGCUAAAAGAGUAAAAGAGUGCUAGCAUGAGAAUUAGUAUGAGCCUUUCCCUGAUUUUGACACCCAAUCUCACUUUGCAAAACAUCUUUUCCUUGGAAAAUAAAUACGAGAGGAGCUUGAGACAUAGAAGGAGAGAGUGAGCUGUCAAUAGAUACAGAUGAAUUUUGAUUGAUGCUGGGAUACACUAAUACAAAUGAACUUGAUUAAGGCCUUGUUUAGUUCCCAAUUUUUUCUUCAAACUUACAACUUUUCCAUCACAUCAAAACUUUUCUACUCACACCAACUUCCAACUUUUUUCUUUAAACUUCCAAUUUCAGUCAAACUUCCAAUUUUAGUGCAGAACUAAACACAGCCUAAUGCUGGAAGAAAGAAUACACUGAUCCCAGCAUUAAUCAAAUUUCAAGAUUCUGCCUCUAAUUGAAGAUAUCCAAAUGGGCCGGACUAGCUAUCUGUUGGGUGUUCAGCUGUAAGCUGGUAUCUUUGGAAAGCAAGAAAUGCAGCUGCUUUUGCUUCAGGGGCAGGCGGCUGUUAGAUACCAUCCGAAUUGCUCUUUUGCAGAUCACAAGCAAAGCAUAAAAUGAUUGUAGAAGGGGCAGAGAAGAUGCAGGCAAUAGCACAAGGAGCUUACGACAAGAGAGAUGGCUGGACUCCAAAUGGCCCGUAGGCUGGAAUAAUGUUGGAACACGAAUUGUAUCCUGCUGACAAAGAAACAAAAGCAGUCCUGUUUUGUUCUGCCGUGAGACGAGAGGAGAGGGUUAUCAACCAUACGUGGGAAUUGCUUCCUGCUCCUACCUCCUAUUGCAUUGCAUGCCAUGGCCGGAUGGUAGCAGCUACCAGCUGCCACUGUUGAUCGAUCGGAAGAUAGGCGGAUCAUUGAUAAGCUAGCUAGAGCUAAGAAGAAGAGAUGGCCGACAUAGCAUUUGGCGCUGUCAACUUGGUGCUGGGCCUCAUCCAGGACGAGGCCCGGCUGCUUGGCAGGGUCCGUGAGGACCUGCAGUUCAUCAUGCAAGAGAUGGAGAGCAUGAACAACGUGCUCCGCCACAUCGUGGCCAACAAGGGGAGUACCACUGCCGGUGACUACCAGCUCCGCCCGUGGAUGAAGCAGGUCAUGGAGCUUGCAUUCGAUUCCAGAAAUUGCGUUGAGCUCUACACGCAGUCUGGUAGCGCGCGUUGCGGUUGGCUGCCCUGGGAAAUGGUAGCUCGCCACCGGGUCGUCACCCGGAUCCGCGAGCUCAAGAUCCAGGCACGCGAAAUUAGUGAGAGGCAGGCGAGGUACGGCAUUGCCGUUUCUCAUCACCAGCUUCCCGUCGAGGUGACCACCACAAUGGAGCCCAGGGAUGCUAGUGUGAGGCCGCGCAACCAGAGGCGCACCAAUGCUGGCAGCUGGAACAAUCCUUCCCGGCGUGCCAUACUCGAGGAUGGCUGGUAUGGCGACUACGGCAGCGUGGAUGAGGCUCUCUCGCGGCUCAAGCCGUUCACAGAAUAUCUUUACGUUGAGGUGAAGCCACCGGAGGAGUUGAACAGCGACGACAAGCAGCAGCCGCAGCCUCUGUUGGAUGGCGGCAACAAGCAUGAUGACAAGGAGCAGCCACCGCCGCCUGUGCAAUCGGGAGGCUGUGUCAAGCUGCAGCCACCACUCCAGUCUGACGGCAGCGACAAGCAGGAUGACAAGGUCCAGCCACUGCCACUGCAGUCAGAUGGCGGCAACAAGGAGCAGCCGCCGCCUCUGCAGUCGGAGGGUGGUGACAAGGAGCAGCCGCUGCCUCUGCAGUCGGAGGGUGGUGACAAGGAGCAGCCGCUGCCUCUGCAGUCGGAGGGUGGCGACAAGGAGCAGCCGCCACCUCUGCAGUCGGAGGGUGGUGACAAGGAGCAGCCGCCGCCUCUGCAGUCGGGAGGCGGCAUCAAGCAGCAGCAGCAACUGCCCCAGUCGGAUGGUGAUGACCAGCAGCCGCUGCUGCCCCAGUCGGACGGUGGCAACAAGCAGCAGCAUAUCAGGGUCGUCAUAAUCAGUGUGCAAGAUGGCAUGGAUGAAGCUGCUGUUGGAGAGACCAUGCUCAAGCGUUACAAGAGUCACUGGCGUAAUCCAUGGACUGAUGAGGAGCUCCACGUUGCUCUCCAACGACCUCCGAUUCUCUCGGAGAUUACAAAGGCCAUGGUUGACAAGCUGAGACACCCGAAAGAAAGGGAGACAGACAAUGAGGCAGAAGACAGGCAGAGGCUUGCCAAGAAAUUGAGCAAUGAAAAUGUGCUGCUUGUUCUUUCCGGUUUGAAUUACCCAGUGUUAUGGCAUCAGGUCCUGGAAUUGUUGAGCUCGACGGGUUGCUCUGACAGUGCAGUAAUACUCUGCACAAAUGAUAGUAAGAUGGCAAAAUAUUGCUGUGACUCUGCCAAAUGUGGGCCUCCGGUAAUCUACUCUCUCGUUGAUAUUUACCUCAACAGAGCGCUCGCCCUGCUUCCCCACAGAUACGAUGACAGACACUUGAAAGGAAUUUUGUGCAAUAUCCUCACCCAAUGCUGCCCUGAUGUCUUCUGCAUGAAGAUGUUCCUCCAUGCCCUCUACUACAAUCCUGAAACGACGGAACACCAGUUGCAGGUCCUGAAUACAAGCCUUGGUAAAGAAUAUACAGAUCAUGGGAGGCAGGACAGAAUAAUGGCCUUCUGCUACCAAGCACUGCCAAAUAAUUACAAGAACUGCUUAUGGUAUUCAACCGUUUUCACCCGUGGAAUCAGCAUGCCCGAUGGCGUCCGAAGAGCAAGUUUACUAAGACGAUGGGUUGCCCAAGGCUUGAUUACCCAAGUGGAUCAGUCGAGUGCAGAGAUUGAAGCUGGGCACUGUUUCGAAGCCAUGCUCAGACAGAAGCUUAUUGUUCCUUCUGGACUCAGCGGUGCACGUAAGGUAAAGAGCUGCACUGUGCAUCCUGUGGUUGCCGAUUUGAUAGACAGGGAGUCUUCGACAGUUGAGGACCUAUUGCUCAACAACCAGUUGCCACUUGACUUGGAUCUCCUCUACUCAAUCCGGAACGGCAUGCAACUCCAUCCGGCUAACUCUAAUAUCACAAGGUUCUUGAACUCACUUUCCAGCACUUCAAGGUUGCUGCUGACUGUACUCGAUUUGGAAGGUCGUAAGGGCCUCAAGGCAAACGACCUCCAUACCGUAUGCAAGAUUCACAAACUCAAGUAUCUAAGUCUCCGGAACACAGAUGUUGCCCAACUGCCCAAGCAAAUAGGUCAGCUGAGGCUCUUAGAGACACUUGACAUCCGAGGAACAAGGGUACAGGUGUUCCACACAGCGCUGCCAAUGCUAAAGCACCUGCUUGCUGGGUGCAUUAUUGUCUGCCCAGGCAAAGACAUUGUCAAGUCCAAGGAAUUCUUCUCCACUGUCUGCGUGCCUCGUGCUGUUGCAACUAUGGAAAAGAUGGAGAUAUUGUCCCAUGUCAAAGUUUCCAACAGUGCUACAGAACUGAACAACAUUGGUGACAAACUCGAGCACCUGAAGAAGCUGGGUGUGGUUCUAUCUGGCACGAAAGCUAGCUUGAUAGAUUUAUUCCUUCAGGUUGACAAACUCCAUAGAGGUCUUCUGUCCUUGUCAAUCCGAAUGGAUCCACCGGGUAACUGGGAUGCUAUUGAUGCUAUUUUACUGAGACCUCCAAAGCUUCUGGAGAGCCUACACAUCUGUAGCAUCAGAAGCAGGUUGCCUCCCAGGAUCAAGGAGCUCCAUCACCUUGCCAAGAUAACUCUACGUGACACCUUUUUGAAUCAGGGCGCCCUCGAUGUACUUAGCAGGCUCGAUGGCAUACGCUAUCUCAGGCUUUGCUACCAUUCAUUUGCAGAAGGCGCUCUCCGGUUCUGGAGUUUUGGGAAUCUCAUGGACCUUAUCAUUGAAGAUGAUAUUAUUAUCAGCGUCACCUUUGGUUACCGAAACCCUGAUAAGCUUGAAAAGAUAGUUUGGUCCUUCACUCACAUGGAGAAGCUUUCAGGGGUCCGUAAGCUGCAGAGUCUCACACACCUCGAACUCAAGGGGGGAACGUGCAACCCGCAGAAUCUGGAAAAACUGAAAAGAAAAGUCAGUGAACACAGCAAUGGUAUUACUUUCACGCUCAAACUACCUGAGAAUCAAAGUCAGUGAACACAACAAUGGUGGUAUUACUUUCACGCUCAAAUUACCUUCGAUCGUCAAGGAUAAGGAUUGUUGAUGCUGCUCCUCCUGCUUGGGAGGUAUUUCUAUUACAGUGCUUCUACUAUGAAUAAAGAUGAAAGGAACUUGGGAGGUAUUUCUAUUACAGUUGCUUCUACUAUGAAUAAAGAUGAAAAGAUGGUACAGUUGCUUCUACUAUGAAUAAAGAUGAAAAGAUGGUACAGUUGCUUCUACUAUGAAUAAAGAUGAAAAGAUGGUAUUUCUAUUACAGUUUCUUCUACUAUGAAUAAAGAUGAAAAGAUGAUGAAAUAAGGCCUUCAUGUUCUUCCUACUUUUAUGUAUUCAGUGUAUUCAGUGUUGAUGGCAACAUUGUAAUCUUGUGUGCAUUUUUGUUUUUAAGAUUGUUUUAGUUGCAUCCUGCAUUUCUGUUCCUGCGUGUGUUAAUUCGGCAUGCCGAGCUGAUCACUCCAAACGUGGUGGGAUGGCACGAGUUUGGUGAAUCUUGUGUUUAAUUCGGCAUGCUUUGUAUGUAAAAUCUCCAGCUUUGGAGAA